GACAACCAAACCCAAGUUUUGCUUUCAUCUGAAUUCAACUAUUUAUUGGUUUCAUGCUACAUUUGCUUGUCAGUGUUUUGGCCUAGAUAUUUUCCCCUCCAAAUCCAAACAACCUCUAGUUACUGGUUGAGGUAGCUCUUGUUCUUCACCACUUUAUCUUUUUCUUUCUGUUAUCUGAUCUCUUAGGUGCUAGCUCCUUUGUUCAUUGCUAUUAUAUGUUGUUGCUUUCACCUUCUAAACAGUGCAUGUGAGCAAAAUGGUUGAUCUCAUCUGUUGUCAUCCAACAUGCCCAUUUUGUUUUUUGUUGUGAAGAUAAUAACUUUGAUACAACCUUGUAAAGUUUCAGAGAGAAUAAGGAUAUUCUGCUCCCCAUUUGCAUUGUCUGAUAAUAGUGGAGUCCAGUGUUCCCUUAUGUUGUCCAAAAUAUUGCAGUUGAAAGCUCUUAAUUUGACUGAAGGAACUGCAUUUGGAUUGCAUAAAUUGACUAACCACAGUAAGAUAUGAAUGCAAAUGGUGGAAAUGGGACUGAGGAGCGCAAGAGGAAACCUAAUGAUCCUUUUCUCAAGCCUGGGGGGAACCAAAGUAUGCCAAUUUCCCCAAGACUGGGCCCACCUAUUUGGAAGGACUGGCCAGAGAGUUUGCCAAUUGACAAUGUGGUUGGUAAUCAGGGUAAUGGUUUAAGUAGAUAUAUUACUUCAGUUGCUGGAUCUGAACUUCCUAGUACUAGUUUUUGUUCCACCUCAGAUUCUAAGCACAUUGUUGAUAAGUUAAUUGUCAAGAAUAAUAAGAAUCAGAAUAUAGCUUUUGUUAGCCACCCACAGAGUUCAAGACAGCCUCAAAGGAAUCAAUUAGCUAUUGACUCUAAGUAUAAUAGCUUGAGUAGAGAAAUUGCACCUAAGGUUGAAGAACAGUCACCACUCAGAUUAAGCAAAGGACUCAAGGGAAUUUAUACUGAACUUCGGGGUCUGAAAUCUCUGUCUAGCAGGAAUGUGAAUCAUGACCCACAGAAAGUCUUUGCAAAUAUCAGCAAUAUAGAUGAGACUUUCGCCUCAAGUAAUGCACAACUAGUUAGCAGGAUUAGGCAGAGUACUUCAUCUACAUAUAAUUAUCCUCAAUUGUUUGUGGAGAAAACAGUAAAGGGAAAGGAAGUUGUUUGCAAAGAUUUAGACCAAAGCUUCAGUCUUGGAGGAGCACUUAUGAGCCGGGAGGAUGAGAAGACUUCUCUUGCAACUAAGUUUCAAUCUGAUACACUGCUGAUAUCAAAUGAUGACACUAACACGCCUUCCUUGCGAGGAACUACCGUUUCUGGUGCAGAAACUUUUAACAAUGGAGUCAACUUGAGAGAGUGGCUUAAGUGUGAAGGUCAGAAGGUGAAGAAAACAGAAAGGCUACAUUUAUUUAAACAGAUCUUGGAAUUGGUUGAUGUUGCACACUCGCAAAGAGUUUUGUUGCAAGACUUACGACCAUCGUGUUUCACCUUAUUGCCUUCGAGUAAAAUUAAAUACAUUGGUUCAUCACAUCAACAAGAGUUGGUUAAUAAAGCCAUGACCUGCAAUGUGACUGGGAAAAGGUCGCUGGAACUGGAUAUCCGUGCUUGCCAAAGUUUGAGUGCAAAGCAGCAAAAGCUUAGUGAGGAGACUGGAUCGUUUAGGCAGCCCCACAACUUCGCCUUCAUUCAUGGUGGCAGAAGCAGAACUACAACUGUUCAAACUGGGUCUAACUUAAACAGGCUCGCUGAACCGAGGAGUAAAGAAAGUCUGUGCCAAGAUGGUUCCAGUUGUCAACAUACUUCUACUGAAGAUGAUAAGUUUGUGUCUGUAGCAAUUCAAUUAGAAAAGAAGUGGUAUUGUAGUCCAGAAGUGCUCAAUGAUGGAGCUUGCACAUUUUCAUCAAAUAUUUAUAGCCUAGGAGUUCUUCUUUUUGAGUUGCUGUGCAAUAUUGAGCCAUAUGAAGCGCAUUCAUCCGUGAUGUUGGAUUUGUGCCACAGAAUUUUGCCACCAAAAUUUCUGUCAGAAAAUCCGAAGGAAGCUGGUUUUUGCCUUUGGCUUUUGCAUCCUGAACCAUCUUCUCGCCCCAAUACCAGGACUAUUUUAGAAUCUGAAUUUAUACGUGAAUUGGAGGAAUCAAGUUCUGGAGAUGAUUUUGUAGUACCUGAAGAAGAAGUAGCAGAAUCAGAGCAGUUAACAUAUUUUUUAAUUUCACUUAAAGAAGAAAAGAAAAAGGAGGAAGCCAAAUUGGCAGAAGAGCUUAGUUUCCUGGAUGAAGAUAUUAAGGAGGUAGAAAGAAGUUAUGCAUACGGAAUAGAUUCAGCAUUUCCUUUGGCACAAAUGAACUAUUCUGAAUUGAGAGGAGCCAAUUUACAUUUUCAAUAUCCUUCCAGCUCAGAUAUUAUUAGAUCAGUUCCAAGGUCAUUUGUUGAUGAAGCGAGGUUUAUGAGUCAUAUAAACCAGCUAGAGAAUUCUUACUUCUCCAUGAGAUUCCAAGUCCUGAAGGAGGCAUCUGCUAUUGCAAACAGUGAAAAAAAUGUGAUAGAAAGUAGAUGGAGAUUUCCUUACAUAGGGAAUGCUAGUAAGGAGCCAAGAACAGUUCAGAGUUCUGUCAGUUCUCUCGGAUCAUUCUUUGAAGGUAUAUGCAAGUUUGCUCGUUAUAGCAAGUUCGAAGAGCGUGGAACAUUAAGAAAUAAAGACCUUCUUAGUUCUGCCAAUGUAAUAUGUGCUUUAAGUUUCGACCGUGAUGAGGAUUACAUUGCAGCAGGUGGAGUUUCAAAGAAAAUUAAGAUUUUUGACCUCAAUUCUAUCUCUGAUGAUUCUAUAGACAUCCAGUGCCCUGUUGUUGAGAUGUCGAAUAAAUCAAAGCUUAGCUGCGUUUGUUGGAACAGUUAUAUAAAAAAUCAUCUGGCUUCUACUGAUUAUGAUGGUGUAGUUCAGAUGUGGGAUGCAAGCAGUGGUCAACCAUUGUCUCAAUACAUGGAGCACCAAAAGAGAGCUUGGUCUGUUCACUUUUCUCUGUCUGACCCGAAAAUGUUUGCUAGCGGAAGCGAUGAUUGUUCUGUCAAACUGUGGAAUAUCAGCGAGAAAAAUUCUCUAGGAACCAUUUGGAGCCCUGCAAAUGUAUGUUGUGUUCAGUUCUCUGCUUACUCAACACAUCUUUUAUUUUUUGGAUCAGCUGAUUACAAGGUGUAUGGUUACGAUCUUCGUCACACCAGAACACCUUGGUGCACAUUUUCUGGUCAUGGAAAAGCUGUUAGCUAUGUAAAAUUUCUAGAUGCUGAAACAGUUGUCUCUGCUUCCACUGACAACACUUUGAAGCUCUGGGACAUGAAGAAAACCAGCUCUUCUGGGUUGUCAUCUGAUGCUUGUGACAUAACCUUUAAAGGUCAUAGUAAUGAGAAGGUUGGUUUAUCUACUCAUUUCAUCUCACUUUUUUCCUUCUUUUGUUUUCUUCUAAUUGUUUAUGUCCAAUUUCUUCCUCUUUUUCAGAAUUUUGUAGGUUUAUCUGUUUUGGAUGGAUAUAUUGCAUGUGGCUCAGAGUCUAAUGAGGUUUUCUGUUACCACAAAUCUCUGCCAGUGCCAAUUGCUUCUCACAAAUUUGAGUCAAUGGAUCCCAUUUCUGGUCAUUCAAAUAGUGGCGAUAACACUGGACAGUUUGUUUCUAGUGUCUGCUGGAGAAAGAAGUCUAACAUGCUAGUUGCUGCCAACUCAGUGGGAAUUGUGAAACUAUUGCAGAUGGUCUGACAAGAUGGAGAAAAUAUUUGGUUAACACCAAAACCUGAGUAGCUAUUCCUCAGUCCUUGAAACGAUGAUAUUUAAAGUGGAGCACUAUUUUCUUAAAAUCUGAAGCAAAAAAAGCCGAACAAGAAAUGUACUAAUCAUGUACAAAUGUAGGCUUUUGAACUGAAGCAAUGGUGAAGCUGGAGCAUACAAGUCUCUUUAAAAUACAAGUAGUCACCAUUACUGUUGCUGAAUAUAGCACACCCUCCAAAGUUCAAUAUAGAAGAUUUUCCUUCAAAAACUUCUCAUCUUUGCAUCUCCAAUCAACUGGCUAGGGGCACCAGACAGAAGUGGAAGUUUGACUGAACUCGAAACUAAGCCGAAUUUAUCCUUUUACAGCAAAGCUUCUUGCUCCUGUAUAACCCUGCUCCCGAGACUGCAGUCUGUUAAGGAAGUGAGGGACAUAUUACUAAAGCAGAUCUUGAAGUAGCCCAGAGAUAUACUAAUUACCUUAACUUCCAAAGCACUUGUUGUCUAUCAAAAUUACAGGCGAUAAUCCAUGCUUUGCAUUUACUUGUACAAACUAACUUUAGCUGAUAUAAUGGUUAAAAUAUCAAUUGUACACCAUCAUUUGAAAUUAUGCAGAAGUUGCGUGUUUAUUUUUGUUGAGAAGUCUCACAUUGACUAGAGAUAUGGCAAAAUAAGCUUUUAUGGACUAGAAUGUGAUCAUAUAUAGAACUGCUGAAACUUUUUUCUUU